UUCACCAAUCACCACCAUUGUAGGCUGGUAGACUGUAGUGAAAUCUCGGUUUCUCCGCCCUCGUUUAUUUCGCCUUCUUCCCUUAACAACGUACUACUAUUCCUUCACUCUCCUCACAAACAUUUUGUCGAACACUCCGCCGACAAUGGCGUCUUCUGUCCUCCCGAAUUCUCUCUUCUCCACUCUCACUUCUCCACACUCCCCAACACUCGAGAAUGCACAGCCACCGCUUUCCGCCUCCGUUAAGCAGCCUUACGCCAUCUGCAGUUCACACGGCGUCGCCGCCAAUUUCAACAAACCCCGCCGUAGUUUCACCGCUGCCUGCGCCGCCUCUGAUGACCACCCCUCCUCCGCCGAGCUUCCGAUUGAAUUGAGGUACCCUGCGUUUCCAACAGUCAUGGAUAUUAAUCAGAUUCGGGAUAUCUUGCCUCACAGAUUUCCGUUUCUGCUGGUGGAUAGAGUGAUUGAGUACACACCUGGUGUGUCUGUUGUUGCUAUUAAGAAUGUGACUAUCAAUGAUAAUUUCUUCCCCGGCCAUUUUCCGGAGAGGCCGAUUAUGCCUGGCGUGCUCAUGGUUGAGGCGAUGGCUCAGGUUGGAGGCAUAGUUAUGCUACAGCCGGAGGUGGGAGGGUCGAGCAGCAGUUUCUUCUUUGCUGGAAUCGACAAAGUAAGAUUCCGGAAGCCGGUGAUAGCAGGAGAUACAUUAGUGAUGAGAAUGAACCUUGUGAAGCUGCAGAAACGCUUCGGAAUAGCAAAGUUGGAAGGCAAAGCUUACGUUGGCGGAGAAGUGGCUUGUGAAGGUGAAUUCUUGAUGGCUAUGGGUAACUCGUAAAUGAUUCACCAACAAUAGCUUGUGUUUCUUUCUAUUCAUCUUCUUAUAUCUUUGCUGAGCAGAAUCUGGUGAUUGCUUUAGCUGUCUAAUUUAGUUGUAGUCAAAAUAGCCCUCUUCAUUGAAUUGUUUGUAAGAGGCAAAAACUGUUCAAAGUCUUCGAUCUUCAAUGCUAAUAACGAGUUAUGUU